AUGGCUGAACUCCCUUCCAACGGGGGGCUGCCCACCCGCCCCAAGGCCUCUGCGGACGUCUCUGGCACCGGCACCCCGACGGGCUUCCAGCGUCCCCUCAACAAGCAGCUCGAGAGCGUCGUCCGCACGCCCGGCCGCCAGCCAUCGCCCCAACCUACCCACCUGGGCAUCCCCGGAGGCACCCACCGCGUCCUCUCUGAGGAGGGGCCCGGCUAUGUGGCCGCCAAGUUCGAGGGCAAGGAGGCCCAGAUGCUUGCCGUGUCUGAGCAAUUGGAGAACAACGGGUUCAUCCCGUACGAGUUCGUGGCGUCCGAGACCAACUGGUUCUACAACCUGCUCGGUAUCGACGACAUGUACUUCCAGACCGAGACCGUCGAGGCCAUCACCAGUCACAUCCUCUCGCUGUACGCGGCCAAGGUCGCCGCCUACGCCCGUGACGACAAGCGCCUAGAGAUCAGGCUCGACAAGGAGGCCGAGGACCACGCCGUCUACAUCGACACCAGCAGGCCCGGUGUCACCACCACCGACGGCCCCCGCUACGAGCAGCGCAUCGACGAAAAGUACAUCAACGGCGCCACUCCCGCAGACAGCUUCCGCGUCGAGACCUUCCGCUCCUCCAGCCCCUUGCCAGACAACAGCGAGCAGCAGCUGCGUUGCUACUUCGUCUACAAGUGCCAGUUCGCCAACCCCAACCCGGACCCCGAGGAGACCAACAUUGAGGUCGUCGGUGACAAGCUCUUCCUGCAGAAGGCUACCGCAAACACCAAGGCGAUUUACCAGGAACUCCUCAUCAAUGCCGUUGCCCGCUCCGGCCCCGUCAUCGAGAUGUUCGAGAUCGAGGGCAGCCGCGAGAAGAGACUCGUCAUCGCCUACCGCCAGGGCUCUGCCAUGGGCUUCUUCAGCGCCCUCUCCGACCUGUACCACUACUACCGCCUCACCAGCUCCCGCAAAUACCUCGAGAACUUCUCCAACGGCAUCACCAUCGUCUCCCUCUACCUCCGCCCCAUCCCAGGCUCGGAAUCCUCCGCCAGACACCCGCCAAUCGAGGCUGCUGUCCACCAGAUCCUCAAGGAAAUCUCCCUCCUCUACUGUAUCCCCCAGAACAAGUUCCAGGGCCACUUCAUCAGCGGACGCCUCAGCUUGCAGGAGACCAUCUACGCUCACUGCGUCUGGGUCUUCGUUCAGCAGUUCCUCAACCGUCUCGGCUCAGAGUACACCUCGCUCGCUGCCAUCCUCGACUCCAGCAACAGCUCCCACGCUGAGCUGCUCUCCAAGCUCAAGAAGCGUCUUCGUUCCGAGACCUUCACCUCCGACUACAUCCUCGAGAUCAUCCAAAAGUACCCCGAUCUCAUCCACAGACUCUACCUCAACUUCGCCAACACCCAUUACGUCCAGACCAGGGGCGAGGCCCAGGACGACUUCCUCCCAACCCUCAGUUACCUCCGUCUGCAGGUCGACGAGGUCCUCAACACCGACCAGCUCAAGGAGAUGGUCUUCAAGACCGUCGUCAGCGAGAACGACAGAAUGGUCAUGCAGUCUUUCCUCACCUUCAACGCCGCCGUCCUCAAGACCAACUUCUACACCCCCACCAAGGUCGCCCUCAGCUUCAGACUCAGCGCCGACUUCCUUCCAAAACACGAAUACCCAGACCCUCUGUAUGGUAUGUUCAUCAUCAUCAGCUCGGAGUUCCGUGGCUUCCACCUCAGAUUCCGCGAUAUCGCCCGUGGUGGUAUCCGUAUCGUCAAGUCCCGCGACAAGGAAGCGUAUGCCAUCAACGCCCGCUCGCUGUUUGACGAGAACUACAACCUCGCAAACACCCAGCAGCGCAAGAACAAGGAUAUCCCCGAGGGCGGUGCCAAGGGUGUCUUGCUUCUAGACGUCAACCACCAGGACAAGGUCGCCGUCGCUUUCCACAAAUACAUCGACAGUAUCCUCGAUCUUCUGCUCCCUCCAGCCAGCCCUGGAAUCAAGGACCCCAUCGUCGACCUCCACGGCCAAGAUGAGAUCAUCUUCAUGGGUCCAGAUGAGAACUCGGCUCCUCUCGUCAACUGGGCCACCGAACACGCCCGCAAGCGCGGUGCUCCAUGGUGGAAGUCCUUCUUCACCGGAAAGAGCCCCAAGCUCGGUGGUAUUCCCCACGACCGCUUCGCCAUGACUACCUUGUCCGUCCGCCAGAACGUCGAAGGUAUCUACCGCAAGAUGGGCAUCGACGAGACCAAGGUCCGUCUAUUCCAGACCGGUGGACCAGACGGAGAUCUCGGUUCCAACGGAAUCUUGCUCGGAAAGGAAACAUACGUUGCCAUCGUCGAUGGAUCUGGUGUCCUCGCUGACCCCAACGGCCUCGACCGCACCGAACUCACCCGUCUCGCCCAUGAGAGAAAGAUGAUCUGUGAGUACGACGCCUCCAAGCUGUCCAAGGACGGUUACCGCGUCCUCUGCGACGAUAACAACGUCACCCUCCCAUCCGGCGAGGUCGUCAACAACGGAACCGCCUUCCGUAACACCUACCAUCUCCGCCAGGAGAAAUACGACAUGUUCGUCCCCUGCGGUGGCCGUCCAGAGUCCAUCAACCUCAACAACGUCUCCAGCCUCAUUGUUGACGGUAAAUCCAUCAUCCCAUUCAUCGUCGAAGGUGCCAACCUCUUCAUCACACAAGACUCCAAGCUACGUCUCGAGAAGGCUGGCUGUGUCAUUUACAAGGAUGCCUCAUCGAAUAAGGGUGGUGUCACCUCCUCUUCCCUCGAGGUUCUAGCCUCUCUCUCCUUCGAUGACGAAGGAUUCUCAGAACACAUGUGUGUCGCCAAGGAUGGAACUCCACCACCAUUCUACGACGCCUACGUUCGUGAGGUCCAGGAGACUAUCAAGCGCAAUGCCCGUUUGGAGUUCGAGGCUAUCUGGAGAGAGAACGAGCGCACCGGUACCCCCCGCAGUGUGCUCAGUGACACUCUCAGUGUAGCCAUCACUCAGCUCGACGAGGAAUUGCAAAACUCCGAGCUGUGGGACAACAUCCCACUCCGCAAGGCUACCUUGAAGGACGCUCUGCCUAAGCUUCUCAUUGAGAAGAUUGGCUUAGAGACUCUCUUGGAGCGUAUCCCUGAUAACUACCUCCGAUCCAUCUUCGGCAGUUAUCUCGCAAGUCGCUUCGUGUACGAAUACGGCGCCAACCCUAGCCAGUUUGCCUUCUUUGACUUCAUGGGCAAGCGUAUGCCAAAGGAAGAGAACUAA